UUCGCAGGCAGAACUGCCUGUAGCCUUCCUGAACCGACACGUUUGUGGAGUUUUUAUCUCGUCGUGGCCCAGAAGUGGCCCCACACUGUCUGAAUCCUGCAGGUCCCAUCCUCCUCUAGAAUGACGGUUGCGACCAGCGACCCUGCGGAUGAAGCCGCAGCACAUCCAGGUCCGCCUCAUGACCAGUACGACCCAGAUCUAGAUCAUGAGUGCUGUGAGAGGGUCGUCAUCAACAUCUCAGGCUUGCGUUUUGAGACGCAGCUCAAGACUCUCUCCCAGUUUCCUGAUACACUGCUGGGUGAUCCCAAGAAAAGGAUGAGGUAUUUUGAUCCUCUCCGGAACGAGUACUUCUUUGAUCGGAAUCGACCAAGUUUUGAUGCUAUACUUUAUUAUUACCAAUCAGGAGGGAGGCUGCGCCGGCCUGUUAAUGUCACCUUGGACAUUUUUUCUGAGGAGAUCCGGUUUUAUGAACUGGGUGAGGAAGCAAUGGAAAUCUUCAGGGAAGACGAAGGGUUUAUAAAGGAAGAAGAGCGGCCGUUGCCAGAGAAUGAAUUUCAGAGACAAGUAUGGUUGCUGUUUGAGUAUCCAGAGAGCUCCGGUCCUGCCCGUGUCAUUGCCAUCAUCUCCGUCAUGGUGAUUCUUAUCUCUAUUGUCAGCUUCUGUCUGGAGACACUGCCAGUUUUCCGAAACGAUGAUGAGGAAAUGUACAAUUAUCCGAUACCGUCCGGGUCCAAUGGGACCUCAACCUAUGAUAACUCAGCCUAUUUUAAAGACCCUUUCUUCAUUGUGGAGACCCUCUGUAUCAUCUGGUUUUCUUUUGAGUUCCUAGUUAGGUUCUUUGCCUGUCCCAGUAAAGCGGGAUUCUUUGGCAACAUCAUGAACAUCAUUGAUAUUGUGGCAAUCAUCCCCUACUUCAUCACCCUGGGUACAGAGCUAGCAGAGAGGCCAGAGGACGGACAGGCAGGCCAGCAGGCUAUGUCUUUGGCUAUUCUGCGUGUAAUUCGUCUAGUCAGGGUGUUCCGUAUCUUUAAACUCUCACGUCACUCCAAGGGGCUCCAAAUCUUGGGACAGACUCUGAAGGCCAGUAUGCGUGAACUGGGCCUCCUCAUCUUUUUCCUGUUCAUCGGAGUGAUCCUUUUCUCCAGUGCUGUCUACUUUGCCGAAGCUGACGAGCCUCAGUCCCAGUUCAGCAGCAUCCCUGAGGCCUUUUGGUGGGCCGUGGUUUCCAUGACCACAGUGGGUUAUGGAGACAUGGUCCCAACAACCAUUGGAGGAAAGAUUGUUGGUUCUCUCUGCGCCAUUGCCGGGGUGCUGACUAUUGCCCUGCCUGUACCUGUCAUUGUGUCAAACUUUAACUACUUCUACCACAGAGAGACAGAGGGCGAAGAACAGGCACAGUAUCUGAAUAGCCCGAGUGUGCCUAAAGCCAGCUCAGCUGAAGAUCUGAAGAGGAGUGGGUGUAGUGGCAGUGGGUCCACUCUGAGUAAAUCUGACUAUGUGGAGAUCCAGGAGGCUGUGAACCACAGCACUGAGGACUUCAGACCAGAGGGCAUGAAAACAGGAAACUGCACCCUGGCCAACACUAACUAUGUAAACAUCACUAAGAUGCGUACAGAUGUAUAAUGUGAGCUACUGCAGAUUAGUUACUUCAGCUGGGGUCUGUAACGGGGGAACAAGAUGUACCUCCAUUUAUUGGCCGAUAUGUGGCACCCAGAAUGGGAGUCCAGAACAAAAGAGUAGGAUUCAUCUUGUCAGUCGAGAGGACCUCAUGUUCUCCUACAUCAAAUGGACAUAUCAGCGCAUAUCAUAGAAUCGCCACCCGUCUUAUUUAGGAUAUUGUCAGUGUCUGCAUGGAGUUAGUCUUACCUUUGUGACAGUAGUCAUCCUGCUCACAACAGUAGUCAAUUAGUAGCCUUACAAGUAAUAACCAAUAUUUAACUCCAUUAAAGGACAAUUAGAUUUGACCUUCUUGCUCAAACUGCCGCUGGGAGAAGAUGACUACAAUUUAUAUCAGCAUAACAACUGUUUUUUAAAUGUAACUUAUUAACUUGUGAUUGAAAACAGGCCAUACUACUAUAAGCAUUCAUGAGCAACAUUAAUCUGAUGCUCUCACUGCCAAGGUCCUGACUCAGAGAAAAACUAAAUCACCAAGAUCACAGCUGUUCUGUCAGGAAACUGAAGUGCGCAACAAAGAGCGAGAGACAGACAGAGCGAUACUAAUACGCUUUUGGCCAAAUGGUCAUUUGUUGUGAGAGAAAAAAGCAUGAGUGCAAUAGCUUUCCUCCCCAGACCCACACUACAUAUUGUCUAGAACAAGCUAGUGACUUCUGUAGAGACCAAGAGAUAGAUGACCGUGCUGUGCUGUAAUUCUGAACAAUAGCACACCUUCUUUUUACUGCCAUUUUUCUUCUAGGAAGCUCAAGUGGAUUUACAGUAUAAGACUGCCUUUUUUGUUUUCAGCCAGUGCAGGCAUAAAGGUGGACAGAAGAAAUGUCUAGCUUAACAGAGUGAAUGUUUAUUUAUUGAUGAAUGUUUAUUUGAUUUAUUAUAAUGUAUGCUUUUUUUAAAGUGAUAUGACGAAUGUGUGCUUCUCAUCUACGUCUUUGAUGGUUAAGAUGGGUGAUGUUGAAGAUUUUCUCUGCAGCGUUCUGAGUGAGUGCCUAUUUCUUCGUCUUCUUAACGUUACCUUAAAGUGUCUCUUUAGCCGCCAUCCUGGUCCAUUGUAACACUUCUACAGUGAGAUGUGUUCAGUUUGGCUCCACUGCCCAGCAUGAAUGUUGCUGUUCUUGACUUCAUAGCAUUCCAUGUUUGUAGAAACAGACAAAAUAAGAUUAAGGAGCGAACUAGAGUAAGAUUGUAAACUGUUUGUUUUUGUCAGAGGCUUAUUUCAACCAAGUUUUAUGGCAGCAAAGUUAACUAAUAUUAUGUAUAAUGGCUAUUUAUGCUUUUAACUCUAACAUUUUGCGUGCACAACCAAGAGCUCAGUGAUCAACUUAAAUGUAUCUAUAUGACCUUCAUGGUCCAUCUCUGCUCAUACGAUUAAUGCCAGCUUUGUGUUAUUCAGUCUUUCUGGAUAAGUGACAAGAAGGAAUGUCAGUGAUUGAAUCUACUUAAAGCUUGUGUUUGAUAUCACAAAGCUAAUUGGCAAAACAUGUUAAAUUCAUGUCUCUUGCUUGAUCAAACUGAUAUAUUGUUUCAGCCUGCAGUGCCCUCUCGAUCUCAUAUUUCUCCCCUUAAACACUUGAUCAAAAUUAGUCAACUUUGCCUGCCUCUGGAACAAGUUAAAGGUGUUGUUGCUCAAUUAUCAUAUUACUGAAGAGAAAUGUGCUGCCACCUGGCGUACUGUUGCAAAGAGCUUUCUUUUGUUUUCACUAUUUCUUUUCUUUUUGAUAAUCAUUCCAUUGGCACCUUUUGCUCAUAUAAUCUAGGACCUAGGCUGUGUGUCCUUUAUCAGCUUUAUAUCAAACAGAUGCUAUUCAGCUAUUGUAGUGAUGCAUGUCCUUUGAAGUAUUCAUUGUAGCAUGAAUUAGUAUGAAUAAUACUUAAAAAGCAAAUGGACAUCAUUAUAAUCCUAUAUAUCUACUGCCGCUAUGUGCAAUAUACUGUAUGAAUGACACAUUCUUGCUCUAGAAGCAUGUGUCAUGCAAACCCAUCUUCUUGCUCUUGUUAUUUGAAAUAAUUAAGUCACAAUCCAUGUUAAGUACCCAGAGAGGGUUGUGUUAUACCAGAAGAUGUGGGAACUAUUUUUGAGAGAUAGGAGAAAUGAACAGCAGUAAACAUGAGAGGAAACAGGUUAAGAUUGAGAGAAAAGUGAAAAUCCACACACACUCCAGAAUAGGGAUACAAACAUACGAUCCACAGUGCAGACAUCUUCGCAUUCAAAGCCUUUAUAGUCAGUUCAAGUCACCACCAGUAACUGUGUAUCAUAGAAAAAGCACAACAUCUACUAUCCAGCCUAGUAUAUGCACACAUCCAUACAGUCAGUUGGACUUUUUGCCCAGCCAAUUGUAUCAUAAUGCUCCAAGUGAUUGUCUGAGUGCACUUAUUUCUGGUAUAUAUUUCCAUCAAGCUCAGUGUGUAGUGUCGUCUGUUGAUGUGUUAUUGUGUGAAUGAGAGAGAAACCGAAAGAGAUUGUGAGAAAUAGAGAGCUGUAAGAUACCCACAAGCUGCCAGUUUAGUUAUCUAAAACACUGCUCUGCUUGACUCCAGGCCGCUAUGGUGCUCUGUAUAUUAUGUUCCAUCCCAGCACACUGUUUACAGCCUGUGUAUAUGUUCAACACAUGCGUACAGUAUAUUAAACAAAGACAACGGAAAGGAAUGUCCUGCCACACUCAACAGAGACGAGAUCUAUGAGCAUGUGUUGACUCAUGAGAUAAGCUGCAGUAUCAGCCAAUUACUGGGGAUUGAAGGAAAUGGAAGGAAAGAGAGGAAAGGUUGGGGAGGAAAAUACGAUAAUGAAGUAAGAUAAACCCUGCCCACACCCUUUGUUGCUGUUUAAUCUGAUGUGUACUUGUAUUUUUCUACACUGUUCUUGUUGACUGUAACACCUUUGUGACUUUAUGUGGCUUGAAGGCUUCGCCUGGACUUCUGUCGUUUCCACUCUUGUUACCAAGCACACAAUACUGAACUGACACUCUGCCAAGACAAAAACACUCUUGGAGAAACCGAUAGGAUGGCACAUCAGGAGGAUCUUAACCAAGGAAAACACAUCUUUGCUGUACUCCCCAGACAAGAGGACACUUGACACAAAUACACAAAUGCUGGAACGUUGAACACUCAGCUGUUGACACUGCCUGUGAUGGUCCAGUCUGCUGUCAGGACAGACUCCUGAGGUUCUAUCUCACUUCAAGGUGAACAGACUAAAACCCACUGAUGGUGGUGAACACACGUAGCCAUGUAAACAAUGUAUCUAGGAAUUAAAGCUGCUUUUGACGAUGUCUUAAAAUGCCUAAAGCUUCAGCUUUUCAACAAGCUUCUGCCAUGUACAGAUUCCUGUGUAGCAGGGAAUCGAAGUGUAUAUGCUUGCUGAAUUAAUCCAAGAAACUAAUGUCUUAUAGAUGAAUUAUCUCUUAGGUUUAAUAAGCUCCAGUGACUAAGAAUGGUAAUAUAUUAAGAAAUCAAAAUGGAAAUAUAAUUUCUGUGAGAACUUUAAAUUAUUUGUGUCAUCAGACACUGUAUAAAUGGACUGUUGUUUGUUUUUUUCACUAUGUUUUUAUAUUUGAAUGUUAUUGUUGACUCACCUUGGAGCCUCAUACGAUGCAGGGGCUGAUGUUUGACUGAAUUACACAUGCAGGCCUUGGUCAAAUAGAUUCUGUCUGUACCGUCUUAAUACAUAUUUACCCCCAGA